CCACUCCUGCCCUCUCUUCUCCACUCCAGGGCUCCGUCUCUCUGCCUCUCUCUCCUGUCAUGUCGUGCCGCUCUUUCCAGGCAGGCUCCAGGUAUGGUACUCAGAAUUUCAGCUCAUGCUCGGCCAUCAUGCCCCGAAUGGUCACCCACUAUGAGGUGAGCAAGGGCCCAUGCCGGCCUGGGGCUGGUGGGGGCCUCCGCGCCCUAGGCUGCCUCGGCUCCCGGAGCCUGUGCAAUGUGGGCUUCGGGAGGCCCCGGGUGGCCUCCAGGUGCAGCCUGCCUGGCUUUGGGUAUCGAGCAGGGGCCACCUGUGGGUCUUCUGCCUGCAUCACUCCUGUCACCAUCAAUGAGAGCCUACUGGUCCCGCUGGAGCUGGAGAUCGACCCAACGGUGCAGAGGGUGAAGAGGGAUGAGAAGGAGCAGAUCAAGUGUCUCAACAACCGCUUUGCAUCCUUCAUCAACAAGGUCCGGUUCCUGGAGCAGAAGAACAAGCUGCUGGAGACCAAGUGGAACUUCAUGCAGCAGCAGAGGUGCUGCCAGAGCAACCUGGAGCCCCUCUUUGAGGGCUACAUCUGCGCCCUGCGGAGGCAGCUGGACUGCGUGUCAGGGGACCACACGAGGCUGGAGUCGGAGCUCUGCAGCCUCCAGGAAGCGCUGGAGGGCUACAAGAAAAAGUAUGAAGAGGAGCUCUCCCUGCGCCCCUGUGCCGAGAACGAGUUUGUUGCCCUGAAGAAGGAUGUGGACACAGCCUUCCUGGUGAAAGCUGACCUGGAGACCAACGUGGAGGCUCUAGAACAGGAGAUCAACUUCAUGAAAGGCCUGUUUGAGGAGGAGAUCCUCCUGCUGCAGUCUCAGAUCUCCGAGACCUCAGUCAUUGUGAAGAUGGACAACAGCCGGGAUCUGGACGUGGACGGCAUCGUUGCCGAGAUCAAGGCCCAGUAUGACGACAUUGCCAGCCGCAGCAAAGCUGAGGCAGAGGCCUGGUACCAGUGCCGGUACGAGGAACUGAGGCAGACAGCUGGGAACCACUGUGACAACCUCCGCAACCGCAAGAACGAGAUCCUGGAAAUGAACAAGCUGAUCCAGAGGCUGCAGCAAGAUAUUGAGACUGUCAAAGCUCAGCGCUGCAAACUCGAGGGCGCCAUAGCCGAGGCAGAGCAGCAGGGCGAGGCGGCCCUGAGCGAUGCCAAGUGCAAGCUGUCGGGGCUGGAGGAGGCCCUGCAGAAGGCCAAGCAGGACAUGGCCUGCCUGCUCAAGGAGUACCAGGAGGUGAUGAACUCCAAGCUGGGCCUGGACAUCGAGAUCGCCACCUACAGGCGCCUGCUGGAGGGCGAGGAGCACAGGCUGUGUGAAGGCAUCGGGCCUGUGAAUAUCUCUGUGAGCAGUUCCAAAGGCGCCAUCCUGUACGAGCCCUGUGUGGUGGGUACACCCAUGCUGAGGACCGAGUACUGCCCUGGAAGCACAGGUGUCCUCAGGAGCAGCGGGGGCUGCAGUGUGGUGGGCACUGGGGAACUCUACAUCCCCUGCAAGGCCCAGGGGCUCCUGGGCUGUGGGAGUGGGCGGAGCUCCAACAUGAAACUGGCAACUGGGGGCAGCUCCUGCACGCACUAGUGUUAGCACU